AUGGUCUCAAUAUUGACAGUGCACAAGACCACAACCCACUACACCACGCCGCCAGUUGCUAGCCGAAGGCUCCGAGUGCGGCCAUAUACGCGCUGGAAAACUUUCGACGAGUUUCCUCGGUCGCCUGUGGGGUUUAGCAGAAUUUCAUUUUUGAUUCCGAGUACUCUCACCUAGGCCUAUCCACCCACAAAGUCUCAAUUCUCAACUCGUUGUCGAGCGGAGACCAUGCCCUAGUUAGAAGUGUUUCUGAGCAUUUGAAAAAAAAACUGAACUUUUUUCAUAUUAAGCUUGUGAGGUUAGAAAAAUUAAGAAAUAAUGGGUGAUUUUGAAAAUUCUGAAUUUUUAGAGGAAUGGAAAAAUAGAAAUUCAAGUCGGAUUGUUGGAAAGGGAUCAGAAAAGCUAGGUGAAAAUGUAAAAAAAAGAAGAAAAAAUCUAGUUUCUUGAGAAUUGAGAAACAAAAAUCAAUUUUCAAGUACUGAAUCUAAACUCUUCAAUAUUCAAGGCAAUGUGAAGAGAGAGAUAUUCCAAUAUUGAAUAGUGAAUGUUUCUGAGUCUUGCAACGAUACAGUGUUCAAUGAAAAUUCCGGAAAAAAUCAAAAAAUAUUCCAAACAGAAAAAAAAUUCAAGACCAGAAUCAACGUUCGGGUGUUCAAAGCCCUCGAAAAGGAGGAAAAGCGUGGAAAAAAGAAACUUGGGGCAAGUAGUUUCUCGCCCACACGUACACACACUCGCCACAGUCGUGCUGGUGUCACGUUUCUCGAGGUGUUGCCGACGUCGGACUGA